AUGGCUACUGAAGGACCUUACGAGCCGUUAACAACCCCAGCUCGCUGCAUUCUGGCAAGCCAACCAAGCACACCCAUCAAAACCUCAGAAAUGAGGUCAUCAGGACGCGUUGAUUUCCAGCAGCUCACUAAUCUCCAAAAGCCUUGGUUGACCGAGACAAAUACCUAUCACGACAACCCUGAAAGCCCCCAAAGCUCUCUGUUACCUUCUCCUUCAAAACUCUACUCAAUCAACUCCGACAUCACAUGCCUUGGCUCAUCAUCGCAAGCAAACAGUGCACCCGAUCUCCAGCUUAAGAGCAACAGUAAGUGGCCCGAUUCAAGGGUUCUGCUACGCCAAACUUUGAGAUGGCAUGCAUCCUCCCAAAGCAAAGGGAACCCUUGGGAUCCAUGGUAUGAGAUCUUUGGUGAGAUGUAUGCUUACGGGCAUACUACUGUUUAUCGAGUCAGAAAAUGGAUCAAACUGGUGGGGAAGGACAAGUUGGAGCUUCAUCUUCAAGAUAACCCAUCACUUACCCUGAUUGAAGCUCGGCAGAUGUAUUUCACAGAGUGGCUGGACACAAGAAAUGCUGGUGGGAAAGCCAAAAAUCAAGCAAAGCGAAAAAGAGAAGGUCAGGGGGAAGAAGUAGAGAAACCAAAAAAACAUAAGGUAGAUCACACGGACUCUGAUGUUGAGAUUGUGGGCAACUAA